AUGGGUCGCACUCAAAGAAAACGUAAACAAAAGUUAAAAACACCCAAAAAUACAAUAGUAAACAACGAUCCGAGUACAAUUAAAUUAAAACAAUGGCUUUGCGCUAAUAAAUGGACUGAUGAAACCUUUAUUAACAUAUCAGAGUUCGAGCAAACAGGCCGAGGAGUUUUGUUCAAAACUAAGAAAAAUGUUGGAGAUAAAUUGAUAUCCAUACCUUAUAGUAUGCUGAUAAGUUUGAAUACCUUGCAAGAUGAUGUAGAGUUUAAUAAACAAAUCUUGGAAGACUUCUGUACACCCUUGUCGAUGCAACAAGGUCUGUGCUUGUAUAUUUUGUACCACAAACAUCUUGGCUUGGAGUCUUUGUGGCACCAAUAUGUUGACACAAUCCCUAAAGCGUUUUCUGUACCUUAUUUUUGCAUCCCACGAGAACAGCAAGUCAUACCCAAAUUGAUUCAUACACAACUCGAACAGCAAACUGAAAAUAUAAACCAAGUAUUAGAAUUUAUCACAAAUAUAAAAACUAGAUGCACUUGCUGCCACCAACCUUGGGGGAGCAUCUUUUACCCCGAUGUGUCCUGGUCCUACUUUGCUGUAAAUACAAGAUGUGUUUACGUAGACCCUGAAAUUGUAAAAGCACUAACAAAGCCUGCAAAAUGGUUGAAAGAUGAGCCUUCCAUAGCCUUAGCACCUCUUUUGGAUAUGUUCAACCAUGAUUGUCAAGCUCAAACUGAAGCUAAAUUGAAUGUGGAUUUACAAACAGUGCUCCAAUGCAACAAUGAUGUUAAAUUGAGGCUAUGUUAUGAGUUGUACACUUUAAAACAAUAUGAGGCUUACUCAGAGUGUUUUAUAAGUUAUGGUAAGCAUGAUAACUUAAAACUACUAGUCGAAUACGGUUUUUACAUCCCCCACAACCCCUACGACUUCAUCACUAUAAAUUUUGAAGACAUAGUUCUGUUAUCUAAAACUCAUGUUGUGCAAAAUUUUUACAAAAAGCAAAUUUUUAUGCAAACGAAGGAUUUACAACAAUAUUUAUUCUUAAACAGCGAAGGCUUUAGUCAUAAUUUGAUUAUGUUGAUGCACUUGUUUUUUAAUAACACUUUGUUAUAUUUUGAUGAAAUUUAUAAAGUUAGUGAUAUUGAAGGUGUUAGGGAACCUUGUAGGACCUUAGUGGAAAAUAAAAUAUAUGAAAUUAAUAAUUGUUUGAGGAAAAUGUUGUGUGUUGUGGAUUAUACUGAUAGUUUUAGUGUUAUUGUAGGAUUUAUGCAAAGUCGUGAGAAAAUGUUGCAAGAGAUUCUGAAAAGAAUACAAAAAUAG